AUGAGUCAGUCGGCGUCCCCCACCAACCGAAACUCCAUCUUUGGCUGGGUUAAGAAUCUCAAGCGCGCAGGUGUCACCCUGAACGACUCGCUUAACGAGGUCUCCGAUGACCUUGCAACUUCAGAGUCCAAAUCACCAUCACGCCUGCUGUUUUCCUUUCACUCCCCCAGCUCACAACUUCUCCCGCCCCAACUGGCCAUCCCUCUCCCCGUCCCAUCCAAAGAAUCGGCCCCUGUUGCCCAUUCUCAUCUGCUGGGGCACCUGGACUUCCUCCGCCCACUCUUGAAUCACAAGUCCCGCUCGACGAACAAUGUCAAUAGAAUCAGAUCAAACUCCAACUCCAACCAGAGUGCACAGGAUAGCUUCAAUCUCCGCCAGCACCGAGAUUCUUUUUUGCAAAGCAAUCCUUUGGUGGACGAGAACCUGAAGUACUUCGGCGUGCCGCUUGAGGACGCCAUAAAGGAAGCUUCUGCAAAAAUCUCCAUUCUCGGUACUGAAUCCACCUCCUCUGACGUGCUUCAGUAUGGUCGUAUCCCCAUCGUGGUCGCGAAGUGUGGGGUAUUCCUCAAGAAGAAUGGCUUGACUGUGGAAGGCAUAUUCCGUGUCGGUGGCCUGUCAAAACGUAUCAAGGAGCUUCAGAUCAUCUUCAGUACUCCGCCAGAGUUUGGUAAGAAACUUAAUUGGGACGGCUAUACUGUCCAUGACGCGGCCCUGGUGCUCAGACGCUACCUCAACGCUUUGCCUGAACCUUUGAUUCCACUCCAGCUCUAUGAAGACUUCCGAGAUCCAUUGCGCACGAGACAGAGAAUCAUUAAAUACAUGAAGUACAAGUCGGAAAACCCCCGCACGAAGAUGUCUCUGGCAGCGGGUCAUGCUCUGCCUCCACGAGCUCACUCACCCAGACUGCUGGCCAUUGCUCAGCCUCCAGUGCAGCAGGCGUCGAAUGAAGCAUCUCCUAUGAUUGCUGCGAAUUCUGCCAACUCUGCCAGUUUAUCGACCCCUCAGAUUUCACCAGUUCCAAGUCCAUAUCCUCAGUCGGAAACUACAUUUGCAGGGAACGGCUCAUCCUCAAAAAUAUUACCUACCGACCUGGAGCGUGAUGACAACUUUUUGGAUGAAAGGUCUUCUGAGCCUAGUGCCCUUCUGGAAAUGAAAUUGUCUACUUCAGAUGUCGUCGACUCCAAGGGAAACUCGAGUCCGAAGAAACAGGAACAUGACUCUAAACAUAGAUCUUCUCAAAAGAUCAGAACUUACAAGAAACUCACCCGCGAUGUUUAUGAUGCUAUCGAUGACUUCAAGUUGCUUUUGGAUGAACUUCCUGGUCUAUCCAGACAACUUCUUUUUUAUAUUUUAGACUUGCUAGCCAUGGUCCAAAAUAACAGCAGCGAGAAUCUCAUGUCGUCUCGCAAUCUAGCUGCCAUUUUCCAGCCUUCCAUCUUGCUGCACCCAAGUCACGAUUUGGACCCUGAGGAAUACGCAUUGUCGCAAUCUGUGGUUGAAUUUUUGAUCCAGUACGCUUACAAGCUUUUACCCAGCAGCGAACCUCCUGUGUCUAGAAAUUCUCCACAACCUGAGCAGUCGACCACUGAAUUCCCAAAGUUGUCUCCCGAAGAGAACACGCUCGGAGUUCGAAGUUCAGGGAGACCUCAUAGCCGGUCACUUUCGUCGCCAAACCAUGUGGACUUGGUUGGGUAUACAACCACAAACAAGGCCGCCCGAGGUUUGACCUUAUCUGAUACUGAGUUUGCUAGUGCCAGCAGCGACGAAGAAUAUACCGAGGAACAUGGAUCGGGCCUACCGAAGCCAUCGGCAGCAACAAACCUCUUGCAUGUUUUGGGUGCACCAGCCGAGGCAGAGGAGGAGUCACCCGCCUCUGCAGCAUCUACUGCACCCCCUAUUACGAUUUCUGAUGUUUCCCGUGAGGUUGGCACCUAG